CACGCGUCUACCAUCCCCCCAUGAUGAGUUCAUGUUGACCUCAAGUUUCUAAAGUAAUUCACCCCCUGAUCUAAAUAACCCGUAUAUAUCGGUAUCUGCAAUCUAACCUGGUCGUCGCCAGCUGAGCCCUGAUCUACGCGACAAAAAAUAGGCAAAAAAGAAGGCGGAGCAGCAGCAGGUGGCGGAGCAUUGCUGUCUUCACAAAACCAUUGGUUCUCGCAAUGGCUGCUCUCUCGUCCACUUCCUGCCUGCUUCUCGAACCCUGUAUUGGUUGCGACGCUGACCCGCCUUGAAAUCGUUGAACAGAAGCGGUUGUUCGUAACCCCACACACGCGCUAUCGUAAAUUCCCCACCGCCUUACACCCAAAGCGAAAGUACAAUGCCGACCCUGUCAUCCCAAAUAGCAGGCUACACCAGCCUAGCAUGCUGGCUCUGCGUCUUUGCCCCGCAACUGUAUGAGAACUACAGGCGCAAGUCGACGGCAGGCCUGUCGGUGGGGUUUGUUGCGAUGUGGCUGAUUGGGGACGUGUUUAGUGUUGCGGGGGCGAUUAUGAAUCAGCUACUUUGGACUGUGAUAUGCGUAGGCUUCUACUACGCAGCCGUGGAAAUCGCCCUCCUCUACCAAGUCUACCUCUACCACCCCUCCUCCUCCUCCCCACCCAAAUCAACCCCAUCAGCACCUACCUCCCCCAAACUCCCCGCCACAGAACAAACACCCCUCAUCUCCCCGUCUGAUGCGCGGGCAACAGCUCAGAAGAAUGUACAGCUGCUUGCGAUUGCGGGGGUCGUGUGUUUGAAUCUGUUUGGUCGGAGUGCGGCGAUGGGCGGUGUAGGGGGAGGGUACGAUGUUGCGGCGAAUGUGCGGGUGUUUGGAGAUGGGAGUGGGAGUGAAGUGGACGAGCAUACGUUGUUGACGCCCGCGAUGAAGGUGGUGGCGGAUUCGAUGGGUUAUGCUUCUGCUUUACUAUACAUGGGAGCCCGAAUCCCCCAAAUCUUCCUCAACUUCAAGAAUCACAGCUGCGAAGGGCUCAGCAUUCUCAUGUUUGCUCUCAGCGUGUGUGGAAACCUUACUUUUGCUGCCUCGAUCUUCCUGGAAUCAACAGAAACGUGGUGGAUCGUCCUCAACCUCCCGUGGCUGCUGGGAAGUCUGGGGACGAUGUUUUUGGAUUUCGUCGUUCUGUUCCAAUUCCACCAUUACCACGACAAGAACUGGGAGGAGCGGAUACCGGCGUAUGAGGAGUUGACUGUUUAGAUUAUGAUUUG